CUUAGAACUGUGCUGCCACCUGUUGGUGGGAUUUGCUGACAUCUGUUUCUAACCGCCCCCAACUUCCUAGAAGUAGAAAAGCGCAAGAAACUGAAUAAACAGAAACCAAAUCUCUAGACUUUUAAGCACCAAAUUCACGUAAUCUACAACUUUGUGUUCGAAAAUUCCUUGGAAUUGUUGGAUAUGAUCGAAACUAUGGCCAAGAAAGUGGUUUCUUUUGUUCCAAUUUACAACAAGAAGCUUACAAAAUGGGACAACAAGAAGAAGAAAGUGCUGCAUAAGCUGAAGAAAGUUUUAGAAUUUCUCAAGUCAGAUGUUUACAUGUUUGCACCCUUAGUUUCCUCUCAGACUUCUGAUCAUGUUGACUCAUGUUGUACUACCUCUACAGGGAUUCAGGCAUAUGAACCCUUUGAGGUGAAAAACGAAGAUAUGUUUGGAAAGGUUAAGGAUUACAUGAAGUCUGAUUGUUACAUGUAUGCCCCAUUGGUCACUCAUCAGCCAUGGCUUCGUUCUCCAAUUCAUGCUGUCAGUCCUGCUACAGGAACAAUUUCUUGCUCUGAAAUGGCACUUACAGGCAGAAAGGGAGAAUCAGUGAAGAAUGUAGCUGAGGAGACUAGAGAUAUAGGACAAAAGAUUAAAAGAAUCAGCAUUGCAGACCAGCAUGUAGAUGGAUAUUCUUAUCCUAGAAGUACUAUCAUUAAGCAUACUGUACUGCAGCAAGAAACAUUGAAGCAUGUAAUUAAACAAAGUUGCUGGUCUGCUUCUGUGCAAGGAGACAUGAGAAAGGAGAAAAAAGGACGAAAGUGGCCCAAACCAGACGGAAGCAACGCUAUAAAGAAAAGGAUUGCUCGGGCCUAAUGUCAGAAAACUUGUGCAGCAGUGAGCUGCACGUCUACCAUAACUUUUGAAGACCGAAGUAGGUUUGAUGUGAAUUUCUAGAAUUAGGUAUCUGUCUGUGAUGUUUCUGUGGUGGUUUAGGCUGUAGUUCUCAGUUCCUCUGUCUCAAAGCAUCUUUCAGCACUGUUCCUAUUUCCUUUCAUAUGUAGUACAUGACUGAUGAUCUAUGAAUUAAUACAGGUUUAGCUUAGUUUCCAACAA